GGAAGCCACUAUAAGCAAACAUCCACCAUACACAAACCUGCCACAAGCCGACUGCCUUUACAGCUCUACUGAACUUGAUGCACACUGCAGAUCUCCUGUUCUAGGAGGAGGAGGAAAAAAGAAACCGUGCACAUCUCUGUGGGAGAGCUCCAACCGAGACCUGCCCUCAGUCUUAGAGUGGCGCUGAUAUACAAACACAUUCACACAGCCCAUUCACACACACGCACACACACAAACAGCACACACAGACACACACAGAGCCACACGCGCAGGAGCAAACAGUAUCUCUCCCUUUCUCUCUGUCGAGCUCACCCUCCCUCUACCUCCUUUCUACACACACACUUACACAUUCACACACACAUACACACAUACACACACCACUACAGUAUAUCAGCUCACGACUAGAGGAGAGACGGAGGGGAGAGCAGAAAUGAAUGUGAAGAUCCUGACGCUGGUGAUUGUGCUGCUGCUUUCUCUGCUGUGUUCAGCCCGUGCUGGUCCAGUGACCUCCACCGAGCAUAGCAAGGAGUUGGAGGAGGUGGGAAGCAUGAGGACUCCUGUGCGUCAGAACCCUGCCCGAGCUGGACGGAACCAAAGACCCUCCGGCUGGAGGAGGAGGCGCCCUCGACCCCGCCUGUCCCACAAGGGGCCCAUGCCAUUUUAGAUUAAGGCAUUGCUUCGAGCACCCACCCCUUUGGUUCUGAUUUCAAUGCUCUUCCUUGGUCUUAGGGAGGGCCCUGUAACAAGGGGUCUUUCCAGCCCAGCCUGAAGAGUGAUGUCCAUAGCACCUGCUGGUUCUUCAAGAAACUCUUCUUCUGUCCACAAAAUACCAGGACAAGCCACUCACCCUCAGCUCUAUGAAGAAUUGUGGGCCAGAAAUGGGGUGGGAGGGGGAUAUAGAGCCCGAGCGAUCAGAUUCUAUCUCUGUCUGUCGAUAUCUCUCUCUCUCUCUCUCUCUCUCUCUCUCUCGCUCUCUCUACUCCAGUGUUUUUCCUCAUUAGCUUUCAAAAGCCCUUUCAUUGCCACACUUUGCAUGAUGUGUGAGCACUGAGAAGCCUGGUCCAAAACAAUCUUCAUGCACAAGUGUCAGUUUUUUUCUUGGAGGUGUGCUACCCCAUUCUCUGCUGUGUAAAAGAUGCCCUUUGUUCCAGUGCUGUGUUGUGGCAAAUUCUUGUGUGAACAAAUAUCAUAUGGGAAGGAAGUGACAGGGAUGUAAAGUUAAAGGCACUAUUGAGAACUUCAUCACUUUUAUCCACUUCCAUCUUUUGACAAAGGUAACAAUGCUCCAUUUCUGUUUACCUUUUGUCUGAUCAAAGUAGCUAUUACAUGUUUUUGUUUCUUUUUAAGUAGAUUUUAUUUAGCUACCACUGCUGAUUAUAUAAUUACCUCUGAAUUUUGUUGCUUUGCAUUAAAAGACCAUCAUCAGGUGUCAAGUAAACAAACAAACAAAUAUCUAUGGUAAAUGGAUUGAUUGCAUUUCAUCAGUUUUGUACUUACACAAAGGAUUAUUGCUCUUAAAGGUUUUGCUAUCCAAAGCAGAUUAUGCAUUACCAUAUAGACACCUAACAUCACAAGGUUUAAGCCACAGUGUCUCCUUAUAGGACUGCAUUACUCUACAAACCAUCGUCCUGUCUUACCUCCUUCCUCCACACUUCACCUCGCCACAGCAGACAUACAUGACUGUUAACUGGCUGGGGCGAGCUGCCCUGCUCAGCAAACCACCUCUCCUUUUAAUGAAGUGCCAAAUAGUCGAUCUAUAAUGCGAUGCUGCCAUGAGAAUGAAAAAAAAAAUGAAGAGACAAAUGAACAUUACCUCUUAUUUAAGUCUUGAUACAACUAAGCAUUUGUAUGUAUAACACCAUAUUUGUUCUGAAAUCCAACGGAUAAAAACAAUGGUAGCAAAAAAACAUAGUUUAAACAAAUCAGACCAAAAAUCUUUCAAAGCAGAUACUUCUUGAAAAUGCAGUACUAGUCUGUUUUUCAUACCAACCAGUAGUGCUCUCUUCUCUGACUGCUGUGCUAAAGGCUGAAUUGCCCCCUUGGACAGAGAUAUUUGAUUGACACAAUAAUAUGCCUUUAUUUUACACCAUAGUGGAACUUAUUACUUUUUUUAUUUUAUUUUUGAUUCUGUCUUUUGGUUUUCAAUUAUUUUUUUCUCAGGGUGCUGUGAGAGAAGCCUGUACUGGAUUUUGUGCAUUUCUUUAAAAAACACACAUACAAACAUAAUUACACAUGCACUGUUCAGUACAGAGUAUAACACAUACUGUAUCUUUCUCCCUGUAUGUAUAUCCACUGUUAUAACUUUGUAUUCAGAUCCAGUUUUUGUAAGCCAUUAUCAUUCUCCCUGUUUGGGAGCAGUUGCCUUUUAGUCUGAGCCUCUUCAGCACAGGUGGCCAUUGCUUUGAUUGCUGUGGUCAUUGAUUCCCAUUGCUAAUCUAUUUCAGAUGGGCCUCAUGAUGGGUUAGCUGGAGUCCGAGGCCCUUGGAGUCAGAGCUCAUUGACAAAUUGGCUUAGUCCAUGACCACACAUACCCUCUUCUUCUGUGGGCUUCUCAUAACCAUGUAACGCUCUAUAAUCUGAGAUAACCCACAGAGCAGACGUUGUUCCAUUAGCAUCAGGCCCUGAUUUGUUCUGCAACUAUUAUUCAGAGACAUGAGGCUUUUUACAAGACUGUUAACCAUAUACAUAAUUGUGUUGCUCAAAUAGCACGGCUGGUGUUUUCGUAAAUCAGCAGCUAAUUCCCUCCCCCACCCUCCAAUAAGCCAUUUAUCUAUAUGGAAGUUAAAGAAAAAAAAAUCCUCCACCAUCAACGCCUUGCAGCAGGAACAACUCUCACUGAGAGCGUGCCUAAGAACCACAAAAGUACAAAUCCACCCCCACCCCCUACCAUCACCCCCACAUAGCUCACCUUGAAGAAAAAUGGAUAGGAUUCUAGGGAAAUGCAAAUAUUUCUAGUCUUGCUAUUAUUAGUUCAUACAUUCUCAGGCAGAUAUGUAGACAGAGAUGUUUCAUGAAUGCUCCCUAAAAAAUGAGACAUUCUUGUGUCACACAUUAGCUGGGCAGAAUAUCCGAGUAGUCGAGCAAGUUACCCCAGACCUGUUGUUAUACAGUAACUGGGAUGAAAGCAAAGAGGGUUUGAAUCACUUAUUCCUGCUCCUAACAGAGGUUCAGGAGUAUUUCCACAUCCACAUUGUUCUUCAUGAAUGUAUCUAGAACAUCUGCACCAGCUGAGUGACCCCAUUUACAGAGUGAAGUAAAGCAGUGUUUCAGCACAAUCCUUGACAAAAGUCUUGUAUCUGUAAAAAAAAGAAAAUAUAAAAAUAAAAAUACCCCCAUAACACCAAAAUAACACAACCUGCUAGCGAUGGCUAUCUGUUGGAUCACACAUCCAAAGACAAACCCAUGAUCAACAUUCAAAGCCUGGUAUAGAAGGGACCCCUAGCAGCUUUGCUCCAGCACCUCUCAUUAUGGGCAUGCAAGGCUGCACUUUUGCAAUUCCAUUAUGCUGCUGGAAAAAAUAUAUCCUGAACACACUUUCUCUUGGCAUGUAAUGAUUUUCCAGUGUAUUGUGACAAUUUUAUUGACUGAUUCUUGUCUAGCUGGUUGUCCAAAGCUUACUUUUGAAUACAGUGUGGAAAGCCGCAUUUUCUGUAUGUGCGUGUGUGGUCAUAUUUAAAAAAAAAUAAUAAUUACAGAGAAUUACUCUACCACACAACGGGUUGUGGACACAUGAGAACUUUCACACCUUUCUCUCCUGCCUGGUGCAGCCUGAACCACCUAUCAGCAUCUCAGGCUAAUGAAUCAUGUGGUGAAAAGAAACAAAAGCAACCAGAAUCCAAACCAAUACUUCAGUGUUUGAGAAUUGUCCUUUCAGUUCACUUAAUAGCAACCUCUGCCCAGUUCCUCAUGUGUUUCACCCAGAUGCACUCCACUGUUGACUUACAAUGCUUGAGUAAUAAUCCUAUGCAUUUCAAAGCAUGUUUCACUGGUUUGUUUAAAGCGAUGCUGUUUAGGCUCAGAUCAUGUUUGCUAUAGAAUUGUGCGUUUGCCUGUCAUGACACGUGUAGGAAGGCAAGGAGUCGAGUGAAUGUUUGUUUAUGAAGAGAGUUGUGGCAAGUGAAAUGCAGACACUCUCGUCUCUAAGACUUGAGUUUCUAAUGGACAGAAGGAAACCUCAAAGACUGCAGGCAGUACUGAAUUCUUUUGCCUUAGUGUCAUAAAUGCAUUUUUUCCACUCUCCUAGCAGCUGUCUCACACUUUACCGAGUGAGGCAAAAGAGAAUGACCGACAAGCAACACAUUUGAUUGCUUGCUUUUGAUAAAUGCACCACUGCGCAUGUGCAAUGUAGAAUCUUAGGGAUCAAAUAGCUGAAAUCCAAGCCCCCAUAUUCACACUACAAAUGUCCACUAGCUGAGCAAUCAACAGGAUAACUGCAUUUUGAAAUCCCAUGGGUGAGGGGCUGAGAAUAACUUGAUUUCUCCCAUAGCUUCUAAUGAAACUUCACACCCAGACUAAAGCAAGCUCCAUGUGAAUAUAUCUUUUCAUACGUGGCCAGUUUGUUCAGCACACCAAUGUUUUCAAUAUAUAUAUAUAUAUAUAUAUAUAUAUAUAUAUAUAUAUAUAUAUAUAUAUAUACAUAUAUAUAUAUAUAUUCUGAGGAUACCUGCAUAUUCCACAGCCUUAUCAACAGUAUUACUAGGCCAUCUGGAAAACACAGUAAGAACAAGGUAUUAAAUCCUCAUCUUUCCUGUUCAAGGUGUGUGCUCAUAGAACUCACCAGGCCAAAUGUACAGUCUCUGUCUCUGUUUUGAUGUUAAACUGGGCAAAAAACAACUUAAUAAAUAAAUAAAGUGUAUCAGAAA